GGAGCCGUAGGGCACCCUCUGCGAAGCAGUUAAACUAUGAGAAUCGUGGUGAACAGGCGAAUUCAUAGGCUCCUGAGAUAUUCCUUCCUAUACAUCUUCAGCUCUGGGUUGAUACACAUAGAUCUGAAACUUUACUUAGAUAAUUUCUGAAGACAAUCAGCCGGAAGAAAGCCCUAAGGACCGCUGUCGUCCGCCAAACUUCUCGGUUACGUCUCGCGUUCGUCCAAGUCGUAGCAAAUUGAUAGAGAAAAAUUUCAGAGCGGGAAGGACGCAGCACCAGCACCAGCACCAGCAGCCAACAGCAGCACCAGCAGCCCACAGCAGCAGCAGCAGAGCCAGCGGACACGAGACCGACUUCCAUUAGCAAGUUGGAUCACCGUCGUCGGCACCCUGGCUGCGAUGCUUCGCCACUUAGCCUCCGGCCUGGCCGGAGUGGCGAAGCAUGUCACGGUCGAACCGGUCAUGCUCAUCGACGGCGCCUGUAACCAGGCCAUGAUGCUGUUCAUAGAGAAUGUUCAGAUGAAUAAAAUCUGUACGGUAAACCUCAAUAUAUCGGCGGAGAAAUGCGCCAACCUCUCGGCCCACCCGGAGGACAACGUCCUAGUGCAGAGGGAGUUCAGCAUCUUCGCCUUCUACAACAGCAUCAUCAUGUCCGUGUUGCCUCUGCUCUUCGUUCUCUUCAUGGGUGCUUGGAGCGACAAGUAUGGCAGGAAGAUACCGUUACUAAUGACGCUGACGGGGCACGUCUUCUAUGCCAGCGGCUACCUCCUCAACAACUGGAUGGCAUCUUGGCCUGUGGAGCUCAUCUACGUGGUGACCUUCAUGGAGGCACUGGGCGGUGGCUACAUGUGCUUGCUGUCUACAACCGUCAGUUACAUCAGCGAUAUAUGCUCCGAGAAAACGCGAACUGCGCGCGUCAGCACUGCGAACUCCGUGUGGUACCUGGGUGGGCCCCUGGGAACCCUAAUCGGAGCUGUCAUUAUCAGAUACUGGGGAUAUAACAUAGCCCUAGCCCUCUGCCUCAUGGCCUACUUUUCGGCCAUUCUGUACGUCAUAUUCCUCAUCAAGGAGAGUCACGGGCCAUUCGCCAAAGACUCCUUCGCUCGCAAGGACGCGAACAAGAACGUGGAGACGCUGAAGAAGGAGGACGUGUCAGCGCUGACAAUGUUCGCCGAUUUCUUCAACUGGCGCCGAGUGUUCGAGUCCUUUAAAACCGCCUUCAGGAAGAGGGAAGGCAACGCGAGGGCCGUACUUCUAGUCAUCAUCCUCUGCAACGCCCUAUGGAGAAUGUCCAGAGGGUUCUUCAUCUACAUGUUCGUUCGUCGCGCGCUUUUUUGGGACGCUACCGAUUACGGAUACUGGGCUACUUACAGAAACUUGGUAGCAGCAGUCGGGUCUCUCAUGUUAGUUCCUCUCUUGACUCGCUUGGUGUCCAUGACCGAUUCACUAUUGGUGAUUCUCGGGUCCGUAUCUAUCGUGGGCGAAUAUUCUUGCUACGGCCUCAUCUCUGGCGUCGCCCAGAAGUUCUUCAUGUGGCUGGCACCCCCUAUCGGCAUCAUAUCUAACGCGAGUAUCAUAGCUUUCAGAUCUAUGUCUACCAAAUUGGUUGACGACGAGGAGAAAGGGAAAAUCAACGCCGUUCUGGCUGCAAUGUACGGACUGAUGCCAAUGUGUGGGUAUGCCGCAUAUGCCCCUAUUUAUUAUCACACCGUGGAUGACUUCCCAGCCGCGCAAUUUUUCUUUGCUGCUGGCAUGAACGUCCUCAUCAUGAUUGCAUUUGUGGUUAUCCAACUAACGAGCGUUUCUUACAAGAGUACAAAGGACGUGGAAAAGGCCAAAACGAAUGAACCCGAAAAGUCGCCUUCAGAAAAGACGAAGGAGGACGCCAACAUAAAGCUUACGAAUGUGAUCAAUGCACCCGUCGACCAGAAACUGAACGAGAUGACUGACAAGGAAUGCGAGGCUUAUAAAUCGUCGAAAGCGAACAAGAAAUAGUUCUUAUUUAAUAUAAAAAAAAACUCAGUAUCCGAUAUUUAUGGUUCAGUGAGAGUCGCAUUUGCUUAAGACUUUGAUGUGGUAUGCUUUUAUUCAGGGAAUUUAUGUGUAUAUACAUAUAAACUAUGUGGGCAAAGGAAAAAAUAACGUAACACACUUCGUUAGUUUUUAAACGAUAGUGAAGUUUCCCAUAAAACUUAAAAAAGAAAAUGGAAGUUACACAGAAAACGAGAAUCUGUGACAUUUACCGCGUACUUAGCCGUGUGUGGGCCUUACGUACGUUAAUACUACUAAUACAAGUUUUAUUUUGGUAUAUUACAAUGUUUUGUACUUUUCUUGGGUUCUAGUGGCUACCUAAUGCUCGUAAUAUAUCAAAAUAUUCUGAGGUGUAAUGUUAUCGUUGUUGUUAUCUUUGUAUCUGUUAACUAAUGUUAAUUAAUAUAAUACAAUUCCA